UGUGUCCUCUCAUUCGCUUUAUUAUAUAAUCAGCUUGAGGAAUCAUUACUGAAAAGUUAAGGAAAUCAAUGCCAGAAAUAUAUUUGAAAUAUCAUCUCACUAAACUAUUUUCUAUAAUGCAAAUAUUUUGCACUAUUGCCCUCAAAUCUGGUCAGCAGUCACUCUAGUGGUACAAACUACUGCCCCCUUACCUCACACCCUAGCUUAGCGCAAAUUUAUUUUAAUGAGUAAAAAGGCCGAAGAAAACUUAAAAACACUUUGCUUUUUGUGGACACCUCUGCGAGCUCGAUGUGCCUUUUGUGGAUAAUUAGCACACGCCCACUCCUCUUAAUGUGACCAAUCAGAGACCAUUCACUUUGCCUCAAUCCGUCUGGCUUUUAUCAAUAAUAUUGUAUAUCUACUCGAUCCCAGCAUUUGAAAACGAUGGGCAAUUUCAGUGUGUUUACUUCAGAGUGACGGUUGUUUGGUAACCUAUUCUGUUAAUAUCUCUGACCACAGGGUAUCUGUUAGGCAAUGCAGGCUUUGUGAUUUCAGAACUGCUGAGAGAGAGAGAAAGGGGAAGGGAGUGAUGCGAAGGAGGAAGCAAGCUAACAUUGCAUUGCCUUUCUACCACAGAGAGCUUGACGGGGCGACACAAGUCCAGAUAUUUUAAGCAGAGACAAAUACAGGAUCCUGGAGGAUACUGCAGAAGAAGGGAACCCGGACAAGAACAGUGUGUUAAUUUAAAAUCCAUUGUGAGAGAAGAUGUCACGCUGAACUCUGUCUCAACACGGAUGACUAAGCUACACCUCUUAUAACAUAGGAAGACCUGUCUAGUGGUCUUCUCUCCACCCAACCCUGCUGACCUGUAUAGAGAUCUUUAGGAAAAAGUAGAGAGGUUUAGGAAAGAGGUCUCUACUCAACACUGCGGGUCUGUACAGAAGUCUAUAUGAAAGAGAACUCCACUCAACACUUCAGUCCUGUAUUGUAGUCAAAGUAACAGCUCUAAAGAAUGCCCAAAUGUAAUUCUUGAAAGACAUUUUCAUUUUUUUUAAAUUAGUUAUCAGAGGGAUUGUAUUGUGUCGUUAUUAAGCUUGAGAGUUGUGGAAACGCUGCUAGACAUAGAUUUACUUGGAAGUAGGUAUUGGCUUAACCAGGAGGACAGUGUCAGAAUGGCAAACUGUUCAAUGAAUUUAUCAGAGGACGUCACUGGUCUGACGGCCAUUUACAGCUGUGUGUUCAUCGUGGGUCUUCCUGCCAACCUGCUCUCUCUUUGGGGGCUCUUCCAGCUUCUCCGGAGCAGCAACGUUCUGCCCAUCUUCAUCUUGAACCUCCUGUUGUCUGAUCUGAUCCAGCUCAUGACCUUGCCUUUGUGGGUCAUCUAUCUGCAGAAACAGCACAAGUGGGGUCACGGAGAAGUGCUGUGCAAUAUUGUGGGGUUUAUCUUCUACGUCAACCUCUAUGCCAGUGUAGUGUUCAUGUGCCUUGUGGCGAUUGACCGCUACGUCGGCAUUGUCCACCCCCUGACCUGUCAAAGAUUCCGGACAGCUAAAUCUGCCAUAGCAGCAAGCUUUGGGGUGUGGCUAGUUACCUUCCUGUACUGUCUGUUUGGGCUGUUACCCUCAGUGUUCUACGAGGACAGCAUGUGUAUGGAGGUGUAUCCUGUGGGCCUUCGCUACGCUGUAUUCAAGAUUGGGACCAUCGUGCUUGGGUUUCUGCUGCCAUGCUUCAUAUUGGGGUUCACAGCGAUUAGGAUCCGCUCUGCUCUGCGCGCCUCUCCGUCUGUGACUCAGGACGAGCGGAGGAAAAUCGUGGGCAUUCUCUGCACCAUCACCGUCAUCUUCGUGGGGGUGUUCGGACCCUACCACUUGGUGGGGGCCUAUAAGUUCGUGGCGUUCUUUAUCACCUCUGACACCUGCAAGUUGGAGAAAGCCCUCUUCCUCUGUUACCGAUUCUGCUACGGGCUGACGAGCUUCAACAACAUCCUGGACCCCCUCUUUUACAUCUUCAUCUGUGAUGACAUUCGCAAGCAGCUUAGGAGGUCCCUGCAUUGCCAGGGGAGAGUUUGGGGAAGUGAGAUGUCCACGUGUCUCUGAUUUCUGCAGUAUGGUACUUUCUGGAUGAAAUGUAGCACUUACCUACAGUGAAUAUACAAUCACUUCAAUAGAAAACAUGUGGCUGAAAACUUUUGACACAUUCAAUCUAGGUAUAAAAGCAUUAGAAGAACAUUAAGCUUCUAUGUAUUGGGUCUCCCAUAUGGUCGUUGAUUUCCCUGUUUCUGAACACUGCUAAUCUAUCGCUACAGCUAACCAAACUUAGCUAUCCAAUUUAUUAUAGAAAUAGUGAAAAAGAAGGGUGUUUAAAAGAACCAGUGUAACUUUGUCAGGCAGCGAUAGUGAGUAUUCAGAUGAGGAUGAAAGGACAAGCCUGCAACCAGCCUAAUCUGAGAAAACUGAACCAAGGCGGUUCCAAAUACUUAAGAACAUAAGAACAUAAGAAAGUUUACAAACGAGAGGAGGCCAUUCGGCCCAUCUUGCUCGUUUGGU